AUGUCCACCUACCCCGCCGCAUUAGGGCUUGCUGGCCUCUUCUCAACCGUCUGCGGUCACGGUUUCGUUACCUCUCCACAAGCCCGUAUGCCCGGAGACGCUAUGGCCGCUGCCUGUGGGGCACAAGUUGCUAGCAACCAGGAGUCAGACAAUUAUGGCAACAUCCAGGGCGAGCUUCAAGUUGCCAACGGGCAGUCAGACUAUAACGCGGCAGCUUGUGACAUUUGGCUUUGCAAGGGGUACAAGCUCGACGACAAUAAGGCUAGUGUCCAAUCCUUCACUGCCGGCCAAGUUGUCCCAAUUACCGUUGAUAUUCGCGCUCCCCACACUGGAACUGCGAAUGUUUCUAUUGUCAAAACCAGCGAUCACUCUCUCAUCGGCGCCCCUCUCAUCAGUUGGGACGUGUACGCUUCGAACGCCGUUACCAUCCCAGAUGAUCAAAAGAACUUUGAUAUCACCAUUCCCAGCGAUCUUGGUAGCCAGUGUGCUACCGCCGGCGACUGUGUGAUUCAGUGGUACUGGGACGCCCGCUCCAUUGACCAGACCUAUGAGUCUUGUAUUGACUUCACCGUUGGUGGGUCUGGCGCCGGCAACUCUGCUUCUCCUUCCCAGCCUGUCUCAUCGACUGCUCCAGCUUCUUCGGCACCUGCGACCUCAGCACCUGCAUCAUCAUCGGCUGCCGCAUCUCCCUCCGUCGGCUCUUCCAAAACCAAUAUUCCUACGUCCUCGGCCUCUGCAGCUCAAAACAUCCAGACAUCCAGCGCCGCCACCACACCCACAUCUGCCGUUGUUGCCUCUCCAUCAAUCAGCUUGAUCCCAACUUCCAUCAUUCCAUCCGAGAUUCUAACCUCAGUCCUCCCUACAGCCCUCCCAACUGGCACAGGCAUUCCCGCUGGGCUCAAGCCAUUACCAGCUGGAACUACCCUCCAAGACAUCAUGGACUGGAUCAACUAUAUCUUGUCGACUUUUAACAAGAGCACAUCCAGGAAGCAUGCUCGUGAUAUUUUGAAAGUCUGA